GUAGUUGGUGAUGGGACUGCACAUGGAGGGUGAAGGAAGGAAGGAAGCAGUGAUGGUUGAUGAUAAGGUUUCUUCUUUCUUAUGAUGACAAGUUAAUUACAUUGAGAUUGAGAUUUUGAGACAUGAUCGGCUCCUCUUGCUUUGGCUUCGAUGAAAGAAUGGAGAACAGAGUAUUUUAGAAAUGGGAAAUUUUCCCAUCGAAAUAAAAAUAAACUAAUUUCUUCAAAUAUCCAACCCUUCGCUGAAUAUGGAUGUCGUAACCUUCGGAAUCAUAGUCGCCAUUAUUAUUCUCUUCUUACUAUCAGUCUGCUACAUCACCAUCCAAGGCACUUGUAAAAGUCGUUCUUAGCUCACCUCCUACACUUCCAUAGCCCAGAGGAUUACCUUCCGCUCAAGCACUUUUUUCCUCAGAAUCCAGUUGGGUUCUGUGGGGGCGUACUGAUUUCAUGGCAUCAUGCAGAAAACUGAUUCAGUGGGCAUUGCUUACGGUUUUGGUUCUCGGGUUUUGCUUGAAUCUGGGAAUCGGACACGAGGGUCGUCAUUCUGGGUCCUGCACAUCGCAGGCCCUUGAUUCCCACGAUCAUCAUCAUAAUCACCAUCAGUGUGGGCGUGGUCGUCUCCGCCAUCAUCAAGAGGAAAAACUAGUAGCUGGAACCAAGCUUCCGGAGGAAUUAGCGGAGGAGGAGGAUAUGAAAUUGUAUGGAUUCGGCUUCGCAUGCGACCAUGAACACGGCCAUGACCACCGCGGUCAUCGGCUCGGUGGUGGCUCUGAACUAUCGGGUUUAGGGCUUUGGCUGAGUGCAUUGGGCUGUUCAUUUUUGGUUAGCAUGGCUUCCCUUAUUUGCCUGAUUAUCUUGCCUCUGAUUUUUGUGCAAGGAAAACCAUCAAAGACAGUUGUUGAUUCAUUGGCUUUAUUUGGGGCGGGCGCUAUGUUGGGGGAUGCUUUCCUUCACCAAUUACCUCAUGCUUUUGGUGGUGAGCAUUCCCAUUCACAUGGCAAUCAUGUGGACCAUGACCAUGAUCACGAUGCUGGUAUUGGACAUGGGCAUUCUCAUUCUUUCGCAGAUCUUUCUACAGGAAUAUCCAUCCUAGCUGGAAUUGUGCUGUUUCUUCUUGUAGAGAAGGUGGUUAGGUAUGUUGAGGAAAACUGUCAAGGAGCUAAUUCAUGGACAAAUGGACACCACCACCAUCACCACAGCAAAAAGAAAAAAUUGAAAGAUGAUGCAAAAGAUGGUCAAUUGCUUGAUGAGGGAAGAGAUUCAGAUGGGGCAUUACGUGAUUCUUCAAUGGGCAAUGAUGCAACUCAAUCCAGACCCUUGCUUAGAAAGAGAAAUAAUGGCAGCAAGACUAGCUCUGUAGAUGAUAUGAAAUCCUUGAAUGAGAAGGCACCAGUUAAAUCAUCAAAUCUUGUGUUCGGUUAUCUCAAUCUUUUCUCUGAUGCUGUUCACAAUUUCACUGAUGGAAUGGCACUAGGAAGUGCAUUCUUGCUCUAUGGAUCUGUGGGGGGCUGGUCUAGGACCCUGUUUUUACUUGCACAUGAGCUUCCACAAGAGAUAGGUGAUUUUGGCAUUCUGAUACGGUCUGGUUUCAGUACGUCAAAAGCUCUGUUCUUCAACUUUCUAUCAGCACUAGUGGCACUUGUGGGAACUGCUUCGGCUUUGCUUUGGGGGAAAGAUCCUGGACAAUCGUCUCUAAUUGAGGGUUUUACCGCUGGAGGAUUUAUAUAUAUUGCAAUUGCGGGAGUGCUGGCUGAGAUGAACAACAGUGAGAAAACAACAUUGAGAAGUACGAUAGUCCAUAUAAUUUCAUUGACACUUGGCAUGGCUGUGGCCCUUGGUAUUUCCCUUGUAGAAUGAACGGAGUCGUGCUCCCUUAGGACUCCCAUGUAUGAAACAAAUUGUUCCAAAUCAGUAUAGGAUAUAUAUUCUUGCUUACAGCGAAGCGGUGGACCCAGAAACACCUAAAGUGGGGACGAGGAGAAAGUGAUAGAUCAAACGGAAUGGUCAGGCUUAAACUUGGAAUGAUUCCCUACUCCCCACUAGAAAGUAAACGUGCACAGUAAAUGCUCUCUUUACAGUCGUUGGUUAGCCAUUUGUCAGAUUGGGCAUGUUGCAACAUUUUUUAACCUUUUUAUCUGUUAUAGCAAGCAAUCAUUUUUUCUUUCUGAA